UCCUGUGCGUUUUCGCAGCAGGGAAGGCAGCCAUGGAGAGCAAGCAUUUCAAGAGCGUGAUCAUGUGUGUACUCAUACUGAUACUGGGACUGCUUGUCCAGGGACAAAUCCAAGUAGCAGAGGGCAAGAGCUGCUGCAGAGACACCAGGUCAAGAAACUGUUACAACGUGUGCCUUCUUGUGCACCCCAGUACUCCCUGCUCAAAAAUGUGUGGCUGUGUGCUCACAAGGGACAGCACAUGCCCCAGGGAAUACCCUAAGCUCAACCUUCUCCCCAGUUCAGCUGAACCAGACGCCAUUGAGUACUGCAAAUUAGGAUGUAGGCUCUCAGUCUGUGACAACGUCAAUUCAGCUGAGCUUGGCGAAGACACGAAAGUCGGCGUGGGGCGCUGCGGCGAUGCGUGCGGCCGGUUCUGCAACGAUGCCACCAACAUUGCAUCCGUCGAUGCUUGAUCAUGUAUGAGCAUGCGCUGAGGUCCCGAUCGUCUUCCCGGUGGCUUACCUUCUUCGUUGUUGCCGGUGCCUCACAAGUUAUCUAGUUCUUGCUUUAGCUAUGAUGUGUUAGGCUUUGCUUCCAACUACUGUAUGAUGUGUCUGAAGUGUUGUGUGGGUGCUCUGCUUUUAUUUUGGGAUCUUGCACGAUCCUUUGAGGUGCUGGGCUGGGGUUCGUCGUAAUCCCCGGUCAUGUAAGAUAGUAUGUCGUGUGUGGGGUAACAAAAACCCUAGUAGUAGCUGUGAACCUUGGUUUCUCUUAGCGAAAUCGGAGAGGGGGGCCUCUCUUUUGAUCAAGAAAAUAAAAUGCACCGAGAUCCCACG